AUGAACAGAAGAAAGCUGCUUAGCCAUAUAAAGCGGCCUGAAGAGAAUGACUUUACUAUUCUGCCGUCGGCGACGUUUGCCAUCACAACGAUAAGGAGUGAGAUUGAAUCACAAAAGAUUGAUAAGGUACUGCGUAAUCGAUACCUGUACAUAUUCAUCAAUGGUGUCAUUGGCAUUGCUUUGAUGAUUGUCGAACUCCAAGUAUCAUGGAACUCUGAGAAGAAGAUCCUUGUCUUGGACACUUCAUCAAAGUGGUUCAGAGGUAUCAUAUUCUUCUCUUCAAUUCUAUUAUUAUGCCAACUUAUGGACUAUUAUCGUUUACUACUAUCUAAUGUCACUCAUGGAUGGCUUACAAAGCGUGCUCGUGGCUUUAGGGUCACUCCAUUGAAUGUACUCAGAUCGACACAGAUGGCGCCACUCUUCUGGACCGAGGUAUUGAUCACUAUUCUACAACCCAUUCCAUUCGCGUCUGGACAAGUCCAACUAUGGAAUGAUCCCAAGUGGGGCCUACUCAUGUGGUUGCGUAUCUACAUGUUUGGCAGAGUCUUCCGUGACUUCUCCCAUGUCUACAAGAUCCGUCACAGCAUCGUUGCCAAGUAUCGCGAGAAGAAUGAAGUGCCACCCAAGUUCAACUGGGCACUCAGCAUGAAGACAAUGCUUUAUCAAAGACCUUUGGCCACAUUCAUUCCAAUCACUUUGUUGAUCAUCUUCAUUUGCUCACACAUCAUCUAUGUGUUUGAACGUGAGGCUGUACACAGUCCACCAUUCACCUACGCUGCCUCCCUCUACGUCUCAUUCCUCAGCAUGUUCACCGGUUGGCCAACCGACACCUACGAUGUCUACAACCCCUCAACCUUCUUUGGAAGAUUCGGUGCAAUCAUGUCAUCAAUCCUUGGUCUAUUCAUGCUAGCAUGUUUGAUUGAACAAUUCAGUCAUCUGACACAUCCAACAGCACAUCAGAAGCCAAUCAUGAACUAUAUCUUUAUGUUGGAGGUGCAGGAACAGGAGCGUAACUCUGCCGCCAAGCUGAUUCAGGUGGUCUGGCGCAGACAUCGCUGGCAGAAUGACAACAGCUUUGCAGAGAGUCGUGAGGUGUUCAACUCACAGGAAGCCCUCUUCUCUGUCAAGUACAUCGAAGCCGUCAAGGCAUUUGGUCGCACCAGACGCUACCGCAAGCAGAUUCAGAAUCAGGUGGCGGAGAGCAACCCCAAUGCCGAUGCGGCCGCCGUCGCCGCCGAAGAGACCAAGACCAACGCCGGCCUCGUCAAGAAGAUCGAGGAGGAGCGUCAGGCGCGCAAGUUGGUCGAAGAGCGCAUCACCACCAUGGAGAGCAAUCAGAUAUUGAUCAUCAAUCAAUUGAAUGCAUUGCUCAUGGCGCAGGGUCAGCAUCCCGUGCAGCCACCAUCUCCCCCAAUCCACAACAUAUCACAACAAAUCAAUAUUGAUAUCAACAACAACAACAACAACAACAUCAGUGGCGGCGGCAGUAGCAGCAGCAGUGGCAAUGGUGAUCAUCUGUGA